CAAUGCCACUUACGCCAUCUAGUGUUCGCCGGUGGUAAUGUGUCUGUGGGAGGAGACUAAAAUCUGCGUGUCGGAUCCACUAAAAAAAUAAUGUUAGGAGUUUAGAGGCUGUGCUGGGUGCUGGUGUGGAGCAGACGCCGCUGGUGACCAACUGACCCCUCAAACCCACAAGGAAACACGAAUAAAGCAGCAGACCAGAGCGCGAGGGCCUGCAGCCGGAGGGUUCAAGAUGGAUGAGAAACGUUGUUGUGUGACGCUGUCAGUCCAGCCCUCCAGAGGACUUGUGGAUGAGAAAUUUGUUAUACUGGUCCAGAACAGCUUUCCCAGUUCCCUGUUGACCAUCUACGCCCACCAUCAGUGUGAAGACGGCUACAGCUGGCACGCAUUCGCCCACUACACUUCUGAUGCCACUGGUGCUGUGAACGUUUCGGAAGAUUGCAGUACAGGUGGGACUUACUCCGGUGUUGAAGCUAUGGGUCUACUAUGGAGCCUCAAGCCAGUUCCAGGCAGCAAACCAGGACUCAGGAUGAGGAAGAAGAAUGUCCAGGCCCCCAUGGUGGUCACCAUAUCUGUCUACAGCGGUCACCUGACAGAGGGCUUUGAGGAUCAGGUCCCGCUGGCUGGUGUAGAAGUGGAGCGGUGGUACAUGGCUCCUGGUGUCCGGAGGAUCCCAGUCACAGAGGAUGGACUCACUGCAACCCUCUUCCUGCCUUCAGGACCUGGACCUUUUCCUGGUCUCCUGGACCUGUGGGGCGGUGGAGGUCAGUUGGUGGAAUACCGUGCAGCUUUGCUGGCCUCACAUGGCAUUGCCUCAAUGGCAAUUGACUACCUGACAUGUAAAUACACCAUGGAAACAGGAAAGAUUGUGGAGCAGGACUACUUUGAGAUGGCUUACAAAUUCCUCCAGAAGCACCCGAAGGUCCUCGGCAGUAGAAUCGCCAUGUUGGGUCUCUCCCUGGGCACCAGUGUCAUCCUGAAAAUGGCUGUGCAUUCUCAAAUUAUGAAGCUCAGCUGUGCCGUGUGUGUUAGUGGGAGUCAUGUGCAGCCAAUGGAUGGAUUCUUGAAGGAGAUGGUGGAUCGCUACAAAAACUGGGGGAGUGAUCGCUUUACCAAAGAUAAUAAGGUGGUCUGGCGAGAUCUCCUGCUGCCCAUCCCCACUGACCUCUCCCUCAAAGUGGAUGUGGGAAAACUCCAGUGUCCACUGAUGCUGAUUGUUGGUGAGGAUGAUCAGAACUGGUGCCCCCAUGAGUCUGCAAUGGAUAUGAAGGGGAUGAUGGAACGAGCAGGAAACAACCAUCUACUGACUCUCUUGUCGUACCCAAACGCAGGUCACUUGAUCGAACCACCAUACAUGCCUCAUACCAGAGUGAGUAACUACAGAGAUGUGCUGUCACAACAGAAAAGGAUGGUUCUGUGGGGAGGACAGACCCUGGAACAUUCUCGGGCUCAGGAGGACGCCUGGAGGAAACUGUUGGUCUUUCUGAGGAAGAAUCUGUACAGCGGAGUGAAGAGUGGAUCUUUGUCACUUUCCAACCUUUAACUAAUGACCAGCGGUUGUUGAAUUGAACAGUUGAACCACAUGACUUCUUCUCUGGCAGACAAUGGAGAUUGCUUUAGGAGCUAAAUGGAGGCUCAAGUGAAAAAGCUUUUGAUUGUUGAGUAUUAUUUACCUAAACUGCCUUAACUCUCCUGGGCAUGGAGUUCACCAUGGUAACUAAUGCUGGCCAUACAAAAUAUUGACACUUAAGAAACUUUCACUAAGGGGUGUACUCACAUUUGUUGCCAGUAGUUUAGACAUUAAUGGCUGUAUAUAGAGUUAUUUUGAGGGAAGAAUAAAUUUACACUGUUAUAUAAGCUGCACACAGACGACUUUUCAUUGUGUUAAAGUGUCAUUUUGUCAGUAUUGUCCCAUGAGAAGAUAUACUGAAAUAUUUGCAUUAAUGUGAGGGGUGUACUCACUUUUGUGAUUAUCUAUCUCUCUCCCCCACCUCCCCCCAGUUUGGCCAAUUAAACUACUCCUCCUCUCCCAGAUUAAAUCUAGCACAGAAGAUGUUAGAGGUGCUGAUGUUUUAGCAACAAAAGGGGCCAAUAAGUCAAAUUCUGCUCCAGGCCUCAUACAUCCUUGGAUGAGCCUCAUCCAAGGAUGUAUAUCCUGCAUGAUAUACAUUCUUGUAUAGGAUCCUUGUAUCAUCCUUGUACAGGAUGUAUAUCCUGUGGGAUAUACAGUACAGACCAAACUUUUGGUCUGAACUGUACAUGCUGCGAUUCUGUGAUUUAGCUAUGGGACAUCCUGUGAUUUAGCUCACCCUGCAGGAUGAGCUAAAUCCGCUGCACUGCGCAGAAAUGCACAACAAAUGGGAGAUUUAAUUCAAUUCUGCUAAUUAUAAUUAUAUAAUAAGUGUCACAAAUCUGUGCAGCAGCCAUCUAAAUUGUGAAGCCCGAGGAUGAGCGCUUUGCGCUGCACUCUGACAGCAAACGCAGGGGCUGUAACAUAAAAUGUCGAUGGUGGGGCAAAUGUCCCAUAUUGACUCCUCCCAAAUGUCUUCAUAAAAAUCCUCCCAAAUGUCCCAUAUUAAUUCCCCAAAUGUCCCAUUAUAAAUCCUCCCAAAUUUCCCCAUGUUAAGUCCACCCAUAUUUCCCAAAGUAAGUUCUUCCCAAAUUUCCCAUAUUAAAUCCUCCUGGAUGUCCCGAUUUCACCUGAUGGCUAUAAUUGGAACUACACCUAACCUGGGCCACGAAGAAUCAUUUUAGGUAUUUUUUAGGUUAACUUUGCCUUCUUUGGGGGGCUGUCACAGGGUCACUGUGGGUGUUAAAAAUCGGGGACCCUGGGCAUAUGGGUAACGAGGGAUGGCUCUUUCAGGGUACUCCGGCCCCAUGACCCUGUGACCUAUGGUUAGCCACCCAGGAUUUUUCAAAGUUGGCCAUUUUUUGCUUCUUGAUGGCAAAAUUUAGAGCCGGAUCCUCCAAAUUUCCCAGUCCUCUCCAAUGUCUCCCCAUCGUUUCUCCGUUCCCAAGUCAUUGAACUCGAGUGAAAUCAUGUUGCCCAGCAUAAUUCGAUAUCAGAGGGACUGUAGGUGCAGCAGGCACCUUUUCUGUUUCCUAAGUAGCCACUAGACUAUUGGGGCCAGCGUAACUAAGUGCCUGCCAUUAGGGGACCCAUUGAUGAUCUCAGUUAGCAUCGUGUGCUCGGUUCUCUGGAGUUCGGCCACUGGACUACUGGAGCCAUGGUAACUGAAGUUCUUGCCAUCUCUGAGGAUGUCAAUGCUCCCAGAUGGCUGUUUUUGUUUUUUUUAUUAAAUAUGUUCUAAGAUAACAUUUAGUCAGGUAUAAAGCAUACUUUUAAUUAAGCUCAUACUUCUGUAAUAAUCUGAUCCUAGAUGUGUUUUAAUUUAGUUGUAAACAGAAAAUCGACAACAAAAAGGCUUGAGAGCAUCAGAUUGUGUCUAAUUAAUUUAUAUAAUGUGUUUCACUUAUCCACUGACUUUGUGAAAUAACUGAACUUUUAUUGACUGCAUUUUGGAC